CUCAAAUUCCCCCUAAAUUUCUCAACUUUCCCGUCUCGCAACACAUCACCGUUGUAUUAUCGUUCCUGUCCCUAACGCCUUCAGUCCAGGCUCACCUCACCUCAACUCACAAUAGCGGACGGGAGAAGCUCGUAGUCUACGCGGUUUCGGCGCCAUGGGAGCGGUCGACAAAGAGGCGUUGGCCUACCUGGUCCACCAUCUCGUGCUCCCGCCCAAGGUGCCCCAAAAGGACGACUCGACGGCAUCCAAUGAGCGCGCCCUUCUCGAGACAACUUCAGAGGCCUUGCGAAAAUUUGGAAGUGCUAUCCAGGCCGAGCAUGCCGGACUUGCUCCGCAAGUCGAGUCCGCGACCUCCAUGAUCAAUAACUUGCUCCGUAGCCGUGACUCCGGUGGUCAUGUCAGCGAAGCACAAUUGGCAGUUCUCCUUCACAGUCUCGCUACGGGACGAACUUUGGACGCUGUCCCUCUGGAGAUCAAGGCCCAAAAUGCCGGCAUCAUUGUCAGCAGACGCGAAGACGAUGUCAUCUUCGAGCUUUUCGAGCUUUCUCCUCCUAAUCAAUCAGUCAUGACUACCAAGGGCCGUCUCACUCGCUCCUUCCCAACUUAUGCCUACCGGAUCCCCAUCGAGCAAUUUCGAGAAGAAGGUCUGAUAGGAUCGCUGGCCCAGGCUAUCGCCAAGAUGAGUUCACAGGUAGCCCCAGGCUUCCAGCCUCUGAUCCAGAAAGUUGGCAAAAGCCAUGCCGAGAUCCGCGAUACUACUCACCCCGGUCUGAUCACCGACUACCUAGCCAAUUUCCUCUGCGCCAACGGCCAGCCAAUGGACGCAGGUGGCAUCUGGAAGAAUACGCGAGAAGAGGUCUUGUGGUCCAAUGCCAAGAUGCCCUGGCGAAGGUCACCCUUGUGGCUCCUCGUCCGCGUGUCUCUGCAAUUACAAUUCGAUCGUUGCGCAAACAACAGCGAUCCGACAAAGGCAUUGUACAAGCCCUUCAUGGUGUAUCUGCUGGGACACAUUCUCGACUUGGCUGGAGGGCACCACAACCCCGCGUCGAGUGACUUGCUGUUCGCCACCUCUGCGAAGCUCACCCGUCGCAUUCGGAAACUAGAGUCGCACGCACAAUCCGAAUCCUCCUCCGCGAAUUGGAUGAAGUUCGCCCAUAUAACGUUAUCCCGUGCCUACGAGUUAAUGGAUACGAGGUGGAAGGACAUCAUGAACAAUACGUCGUCCAAUGUCAACACAGCCGUGCUCAACACACUGGAGCCCGAAAAGGACCUCGACGUUUGCCUUUCGGGACUGGACAACUUCGUUGGCCGGAUCGCAGCUAGGGAACAACUUUCCGGUGCUUCUCAGUUCCGACCUUCCUUGACGUAUCCCGACUUUGCGCCGGAUGAACUCCCAAACGGCUUCCGUGAGUCCGGGGAGUAUGUCUACUUCCAGUUGGCAGCGGUAGAGAAGUGGGUCGAGAACCACCUUUCAUCGUGGCUUGAUCUCCAUGGAGAAGAAGAGUCGACGUGUGACGGCCUACGUGAGCUGAUCGAAGCCUACCACUACGCAGCGAAAUCAGCGUACGCCAAUAUGCCAAGGAGCAUUUCUGUCAUGUACUUAUGUCUUCUCGAACUCUGGGUGGCCUGCGACAAAUCCGCCCGCCAUAUACACCCUCUGCUUGAUGAUUUCGAUCCCGAAGUUCAGUUGGAGUCGCUCGCAGCGCUUUCGCUUCCGCUCAAGAGCCAUUUGCAGCGGUUGGCCCAGGUCGAACGCUAUGUGCGGGACCGACGAAAUGCGGCUAAGCGGCAUUCGCCGUCCGUGUUCCGCAAUUUCGGUCACGCAUCUUCUUUCGCGGUCAAGUUCUUCGACCGGUCGAGCGAACUCGAAGAGCUACACUUAUGCAUCGAACAAGCUGCGACCGAAGACUGUCUCAAGAAGCGUCAAGAAUUGGCCAGUAAGCAGGAGCAAUACCGGGAUCUGAUGCGGAAGUACGAUGAAAGCGUAUGCGAGUAUCGCGAAGUCAUCACCAAUCAUUACCACGGGUAUACUGAGACUCAGCAUGAUCCCUACUGCCGCAAGUGUAGAUUCCGCCAAGAGGCAGAGGGCAUUGGAAUCCGCGUGUAUGAGUGGCCCCUCUCUUCGGACGCUUCAAUAGCAAAGGCAACCCUAUUCGAGCUGCAGAUACCCCCGGCGUUCAGUAACUGGCGAGACGUAACUCUUUUUGUUAUGAUGAAUGUGCUGGGCUUCGUUCGUAGCCGGGAUCAGCGGCCUCGGGCAUCCUACAAACUUUCUGGCCAUCAGGACUUAUCCAAUUUCAGUUCAGGUCCGUACGGACAGCGGAUCAUCCUCCUGUCUCAGGUCAAACCCCACACUGGAACCCACCGCAAGCUCAAGAACGGCGUAUCAACGCUCAAGGAAGAAAAUGUCUGUCUGGACAAUGCUCUGCGGUAUCAGUACUACGACAGCUCGGACGGCGUCUUUACUGACUCGCUGCAUUCGACUGACCGAGUGUCAAAAAACUGCACAUAUCAGCUUCCUGGUCGCUCGUCGAAUCUUCAACAAUACGUCCGGCCUCUUGCAGCUGAUGUCCCCCCCAACAAAGUCAUUGCAGAUCUAUCGGAUUGUCCUACCCACAUAUCGAUCGAUGAAUAUAAAGCUUUCGGCGCACUUCCACUAGGCUAUAACGUUCAGUACAUAAACAUACUGACGCAACUAGCCAUGCCGACCGUGGACUUUGCGAAGGCUGAGACGCAAUGCCUAAUUCUACAAACCACUCACAGAACGGGGCCUCCAUCAGAAGAUGACUGCAUUGAGAGAUUGAGUCAUCGAAUUCUGGCAGUUGAAUCGUUCGGCCAAGCCAUGAUCAAGGAACUCGACAGUGCUUUGCAACGAGUGACAGAGAAUUGGGAAUCUUGGAGGGCUGUUGCGAGUUUCGUGCAGCUAUCUUUGAGGCUUCUGAGCUUCACCUCUUCGUCCGAAGUUAAAUCACGCUGCUUAAGCUACCUCGCUAGUGUUCGCCAGAUAUGCUUGGGCUGGUUGGACACCAUCAUGCAGAGAUUACAUGUCUCAACAGAUGACGGCCAGCGAGUCGAGCUCUGCUCCAGGGCUACAGAGAUUGCUCUCCUCUGCAUCAGCUCGUUCGACGUGGACGAGGUCCACGUCAACGAUGUGCUUUGCUCCCCUUCCGCGACGUCGGCUUUGCUACAGAGUUCGAUUAUUGUCCAGGAGAACAAAGACACUACAUCAACCGAGCACGAUUCCCUGUAUCGCGUUAUGCUGCAGAACUGGAGAUCAGUGCUUUACCGCGUCUUUCCUACACUGGCGUCCGGUAUCCUGAUUCGACAUUUAGAGGGGGAGCUCAACGACGCGGUGACCGCUUCCUGGGCAGCGUUCCGUCCGUCAGAUAACUGGACUUCGUACAAGACUCCUUGGCAUCAAUGGAUGUAUGUGAAGUGCAGCACGCUCGACGUUCACUUCAAUCUUCUUACCGCGGAAUUGCUGGUCCAGGGCUUACCCUUAGCCCGGUUGCCCGCAGAGUACUUGCGCCACCCGGUAUAUCCGGCACUCUUCCAGAGAUCCUCGAUAGAAGUAAUGCCCACGAAUGAGCCAGGCAUGGAUUUCUCCUCGAAACACGCUUACCGAGGCCACGAGCUUUCUUUUGGAAUGGAAGGAUCCGACAUGCUCGUUGUCGCUGCCAAUGCCAAUGAAAAGUUCGAUCUCUUACCUUCUCGCCUACUGAAGGACCUAUUUCCGAGUUCUUUCGUCGAUGACUACUUCCACUGGUAUAACCAUCAUACCGGGGAGAUAGAAUUUCGGCCACGAGCUAAGCCAUGGUCUUCCACAAAUCAGCUUUGGCGCCUCAAUAGGUCCGGACCGUCGUGGCGCCUCGUGUGCGGUCAAUACACUCUCGUGAACAUUGAUAGCAACACCGCUCGCGCGCUCGCGAGGAUGUUCUCCCCAUUGGAGAACGCCCUGCAUAUCCAUACGAAGCUCGACAUGUCAUCCCUAUCAGUGUCUAUUGACAUACCUAGACUUCAGCUUGGAUUCUAUUUCGGGCACCGCGAGUCACUCAUACACUCUCGGCAAUACCGCGGAAUGAUUGUCGAUCCCGACCAGCGCGUGGGAACUUUGGUCGGCCUGUCCAAUAAGCUCGUCUUGAAGCAUACGCGAGACAUGGAUGAGCGGUUGGUUGUGGUGCCCGAGGGAUCGAUCACGUAUCAGAAGGCUCUCAACCACGUAGUGGUAUGCAUUGAUCCAGACACUGCGGUGAAGGCCCAUGUAUAUCACCUUGACCACAUCCUUGGGCGAGCUACAGAUAACGGCAGCCUGCAGAGCAGGUUGUAUCUCUGCUAUCUACAUGCGCUUACCUCGUACUGUCUGCCGGACUCCUUGACUAGCCAUACGGGCACCGAAGCCGCUCUCGGAAUUCUGCGAUCUGCCGCUGUGCGGUCAUUCAACCUUCUCAGGAAGCAGGACAUUGCUGUCCUUGAUCUCAUUGCGAGACUUUCGCCAGGUCGAGCAUAUUACCCACAAAAUGAGCAAGUAAUGCAGGAAAUCGACUGGGACCCCAACCUUCCAUCUCUCUCGCAGCAUCCCGAGUUUUUCGUGGAAGUCGAACGCAUCUUCAACCAAGCACGAGAAGCGAGAUUUUUCCACGCCAGGGAGGACUAUGUCGAACCGGUGAAGUUCAAUUUCAUGCAGCCUCACCUACUCCAGCGGGAUAUGAUACGGUCAUCAAUAUUCCGUGUUGACGGCUUUGGUGCUGAGCACUACAGCACGCAGUUCGACAAGGUCUACCAGGCGAGGGCCCGAGUUUCUAGACUAGAACGAGGCCAACGUACCUUCACUGCCGCCUCACUGAUUCUGCGUGAGCAAGGAGCUCCCGCCUUUUCUAUCCGCGCGCUCGAACAUUCUUUUCGGAACGUUCACUUAAAGGGUGCUACAGUUCACCCUCCAGGCCGUCUUCCACUCAAGGCUAGCCUCCUGAAGUAUGAUUCCGAUUGGCUUCAAGAAGCUUCCACUUUUGUUCCCAAAUUGUGGUGCGAUCUUCACGCGUCCUUGGCGAAGUCACCGCAGAACUACAACAAGUUCGAUAUUGCCAUGUGGCUCUCAACAGCUGCAUUUGCGCAGGCUGCGGAUAUGGAGCUAAUCCAAGCCUUGGCAGCUCUCUACAAGAUCCGGGAGUUUUCAUCUAUCGAGAUCCCUCCCUUCACAAUACUACAGUUGUCGAAGGGAGAGGCGCCCACGUUGUCCGAUAUCCGCAACCUCAUACAAACUCGGAAGUCAUUCCAAGUCUCUCCGGAGUUCAAUUUGCCACAGCGGCCUACAGAGACUCGGAAGCAAUAUCAACAGAGGAGGCAGAAGCAGUUCCAAAGCAAUCAAGAAAAGGCGGUCAAUUCUCUCGCCCGGGCCCUUGAAGAUCAGUGGCCGUGCGAGCAGCCCACGAGGCCUUCGGAUGCACAAGCGGAAACAUAUCUUGACGUAUCAAGGGUUAUGCAGAUUGCUGCGCCCUCGUUCAAAGCUUGGUAUGACAAUCGCUGCUUCUGGCGAUAUAUUCAGGAGUUCUGUACUGCAUUUGCACAACAGCAGGUCGUCCCUGUAUCUGUAGCACAGAAUGAAGUGGUGGACCCUCGUAAGUAUGCCCAAGGCGAUGAGAGCCGGCGGAGCUUCAGUGUGGCGAAGAUCUUCUCUCUCCAAGCGCCUAUCACAAACUCAUCGAAUCCAAAUCGGAUGUGCGGGCCAACUCUACCGGAAGCUAUGUGCGCGGAAAAUCUAUCUGGUGGUCACUCCCCUAGAAGUACUGUAGUGUCGGAUAGCAGCUCCGAACCUCAGUUCCAAAGGUCGCUAGAUCAUGACAGGUACCCUCAGGCCAAAGAUCGGCUUUCCUCGCUGUUCGAAGACCUCAAACUUCAAGCCAGGUCAAAGUGCGAGAAGGCCUAUAUCUCCGACUUGCAGGACAGCUGCGAUUCCCUGGCAGUGCAAGAAGCAGUGCCGCAUGGACGUGUUGUAGGCGUCAACACCGCGGUCCGUUUGGAAGCGCACCUGGCUGACUGCCGACGAUACUUCCACGAACUAAACGUCUUAUUGGAGAACGUUGUCAAGUCGGCUCACGACGUAGCGGCUCGAAUACAACAGUCUCCUCGUCUUUCUCCAACAUUCUGGCUUCAGCAAUUGAAUCGAGAGCGUUACGACACCUUGUCCGAUGACUGGAAGGCUGUCAUCAUCCAGUACGGGCUUGCGAUAACUGAACUGCACCGCGCCCAACGCCUGCUCGCACUUUCGGGUCAUCCUCAAGAUCUUGCCGAGGAGCUGCGCAACUGCGGUCAUCAAAACUGGGACCCUGCGGAAUAUCCUGAGACCUUGCUGCUCGAGGCAGAGAGCGGCAUAAUGGUUCGGGAAGUCCAAGAGGAAAUUGCGAACCAGAUGAGGAAGCCCCCUAGCGACCAAAACGCGGUAAUGCAAUUGAACAUGGGAGAGGGGAAAUCUUCUGUGAUUGUCCCAAUAGUUGCCGCCGCUUUGGCGGACGGAUGGAGUUUGGUGAGAGUUAUUGUCGCGAAGCCACAGUCCAAGCAGAUGUUUCAAAUGCUAGUCUCCAAGCUCGGUGGACUUUUGAACCGCCGCAUCUAUCACAUGCCGUUCUCGCGGGUAUUGAGACUCAGUGCUGAUCAAGCCUACACCAUCGACAAGAUUUACCGAGAGUGUAUGGCGAAUCGCGGCAUCUUGCUUGUGCAACCGGAACACAUACUUUCUUUCAAGCUCAUGGGGAUCGAAUGCCUCAUCAGCGGUCCGACAAGCACCGGACCGUCAUUGCUGAGAACGCAAGAAUUCUUUGAUACCAAAUCACGGGACAUCGUCGACGAAAGCGAUGAAAACUUCAGUGUCAAAUUCGAAUUAGUAUACACCAUGGGAUCCCAGCGACCUAUCGAGCUAAGCCCCGAGAGAUGGAUCAUCAUUGAUACGCUGCUGGGCUUGCUAGGGCGAUGUGCUCUACCGGUCAAGGAGAAAUUUCCGCAUUCUAUCGAAUUCGACGAUCGAUGGCAGGGUAGAUUUCCGCGUGUCCGUAUUCUGCAGAGCGAUGCAGAGGAUAUGUUGUUUGAUCUGAUGGCGCGGCAUAUUUGCGACGUCGGCUUUCCCGGUCUCCCAAUCACGCGGCAACCGCAAUGCAUGAGAGAUGCUGUCUACCGAUAUAUUCGGCAGGCCGAACUCGCCACAAAGGAUAUCGACGCGGUAGAAAAGGGACCGUUCUGGAUGGAGUCAACCAAGGAUGCCCUCCUGCUCGUACGAGGUCUUAUCGCAUGCGGCGUUGUGCGCUUCGCCUUAAGGUCAAAGCGAUGGAGGGUGAAUUACGGUGUCGAUCCGAACCGAUCUCCAAAGACGACGCUGGCUGUACCGUACCGAUCAAAGGACUGCCCUUCUCCGCGGUCUGAAUUCAGUCACCCAGACGUACUCAUCGUAUUCACAUCGCUUACUUACUACUACGGCGGCCUAGAGGAUGACGACCUCUUCGACACUCUCGCCCACUUGCUCAAGUCAGACCAGGCUGACAUCGAAUACGCGCAGUGGGUGCGCACCGCAGGACUUCUUCCAAAGGCGUUCCACCAUCUAUCUGGGAUCAAUAUCAAAGACCGAUACCAGUGCAUCAAUCAGGUCUUUCCAUCGCUACGGUACUCUAAGGGCGCUAUCGACUACUUCUUGUGCCACAUCGUCUUCCCGAAAGAGAUGAAGGAAUUCCCGUACAAGCUCUCAGCCUCCGGUUGGGACAUCGGUCAGGUGAAGCCAAAACCAACCACUGGGUUUAGUGGGACCAACGACUCGCGCCAUGUGCUUCCUCUUAGUGUUCAUCACCUCGACCUACCCAAACAGAAGCACACUAAUGCGCUAGUUUUAGCGCACCUUCUGCAGGAUGAGAACUCUGUCAAACUACUGCCGCCAAGAACAGCAUCUGUGACCUCUGAUGCCGAACACCUGCUUGCGACGGUCAUGGCCAUGGACCUCUCGACUAGGGUCAUACUUGACGUUGGUGCUCAGAUCCUCGAGCUCAACAACUAUCAGGUAGCGGAGAAAUGGCUGAGCAUGAGCACAGAUACAACGAAAGCGGUCGUCUUCUUCAACGACAAUGAGGAACUCUCCGUUCUUGAUCGUACUGGUCGGGUCGACCUCCUACAGACAUCACCGUUUGCCAAGCAACUUGAUGCUUGCCUGAUCUAUCUAGAUGAGGCGCAUACCCGCGGAACCGACCUGAAGCUUCCGCGAAACUACCGAGCGGCGGUCACCCUAGGUGCCAAUCUUACAAAAGACCGACUGGUGCAAGCCUGUAUGCGGCUUCGGAAGCUUGGCAAGGGGCAGUCUGUGGUGUUCUGCAUACCAGAGGAAAUCCAGAAUAAGAUCCUAGAGUGCACAUCGAAGCGGACUGCCGAAGAGAUCGGGGUAUCCGAUGUCUUGGUCUGGGCCAUAUGUGAGACCUGGGCGGACCUACGUCGGAGCAUGCCGCUGUGGGCCACGCAGGGUCGUCGCUUCGAGGAACACAAAGAUCUUCUACAUGGCGCUAACACUACCAAAGAGCAAGCUAAGCAGUUUCUCGAAGAUGAAGCUCAGUCCCUUGAAUAUCGAUACCGGCCGCGCCAGCGCACCUCCCAUGAAGCACUAUUGUACGAGGGAUGGGACACUUCCAACGAGAGCAUUUCCAGGAUCCUGGCUCGCUGCCGCGACUUCGAGACUACAAACUUCGAUGCCGCCACACUUCAAGAAGAACAGGAGCGAGAACUCUCUCCGGAAAUCGAGGAAGAGCGGCAAAUACAGCGUCCUGCGCCCAUGGAGCCCGCGAAACACGUGUUGGAAGGGGAUCUUGUCAAAUUGGUGGAAACUGGAGAAAUCGCAGUAGAUUCGAAGGCUUUUACUCCUGCCUUCCGAGCCCUGCAGUCGACGACUGCGGCCAAGCAUUUCGGCCUUGCUCAGUUUCCUACGGAACUUCUCGUCACGGCCGACUACAUUCGCACUGUCAAGCCGCCUUCAGGCCUGGGAAAUUCCUCGUACACUUCCGACUCGUAUCAGAGGCCCGUUCAGUGGAUCCUAUCGGUCCCAAAACCGGCUUCUCGUCCAGGUGCAUCCGUUCCAACCGUCGGUCACUUGGUCAUCCUCAGCCCCUUUGAAGCUGAUCAGUUACUCGGGAAGGUUCAGAAAUUCUCUAAGGUGACCUUACACGUCUACUCGCCGCGCUCCAACCUCGCCUACAAGCCUCUUGACAUCCUUCAACUGUACUCUGUUGGUCGGCCAUUCUCCCCGAACACCGUCCCACGCAGCCUCAUUGUGCAGCUCAAUUUGUUCGCUGGCCAGCUGUACUUCCGCUCCUACGAGGAGUAUACGGAAUUGUGCGACUUCCUGGGUCUUGCGUGGGCUGCGGCGAAGGAUGGGCAGGUGGUUCAAGCAGAUGGGUUCGUGGCGCCGCCGAAUGGAAAGUGGGGGUUGAAGAGGAGCCCCGUCAAGUUUCUUAGAGAGUUCUUUACGAAGGUUAGGAGGGAGGGCGAGGGCGUGGGAAAGACCCAUUUAGGGAAGGUCCUGGAUGGUGGGUUGUUAGAGGAGAGCGAUUUCGAGUGAAAUCAGGAGUGUUGAGGGUUGGCGAGGUAUUCGAGAUGGCGCUCGUGUAUGUCAAAUGGUGCUUAGAGUGGAGGGGAUAUGGUGCCGGAUUGGUUGAGGAUUUCACACAAAUUGGAAGUGUACCCUAUUUGAGAGAAUGGCUUGGUGAGGUUGCACUCUAGGCCAAGUCAAUGCUUGGGGUAUUGCUGCUCCUCAGGUGGUCUGAAUGUAUGAUCAUGGCAUCUACUGUCUGC